AUGAAAACACAGGAAGAAGAUAAUCAUACUCAUGAGGAACAACAAUAUAAUCAUAUCAAACCAACGAUUUCAUCUGAUAUUUGGGCGUUGGGAAGACUAUUUUAUAACUUGUUGGUCGGUCCACCUUAUACUUCACACAGACACUCAUUACAAGAUGGUACACCUACCGAAGAAUCAUGGCCAUCUAUCGACUCUUCUCAUUUCCAAGUUUUCCCAGGUACCUCUUUAAUAGACCUAUUACCUCCAUCAACAGACCUACUUGCAAUUAAUUUAUUAAAAACCAUUUUUGAGGCACAUGACUAA